AUGCAGCCGCCGCCGAGGAAGGUGAAAGUUACACAAGAACUGAAGAACACUCAAGUUGAGCAGAUGACAAAACUUCAAGCCAAACAUCAAGCAGAAUGUGAUUUACUUGAAGAUAUGAGGACAUUCAGUCAGAAGAAGGCUGCCAUUGAAAGAGAGUAUGCACAGGGUAUCCAGAAGUUGGCUAGUCAGUAUCUGAAGAGAGAUUGGCCUGGAAUAAAAGCUGAUGAACGGAGUGAUUACAGGAGCAUGUAUCCUGUUUGGAAAUCUUUUCUUGAGGGAACAAUGCAGGUAGCCCAGUCUCGGAUCAAUAUAUGUGAAAACUAUAAAAACUUCAUUUCUGAGCCUGCAAGGACAGUGAGAAGCUUAAAAGAACAGCAACUAAAAAGGUGUGUGGACCAGUUGACAAAGAUCCAAACUGAAUUACAAGAGACUGUGAAAGAUUUAGCUAAAGGCAAAAAGAAGUACUUUGAGACUGAACAGAUGGCUCAUGCAGUACGAGAGAAAGCUGACAUCGAAGCAAAAUCUAAACUUAGUCUUUUUCAAUCAAGAAUCAGUUUACAGAAAGCAAGUGUAAAGUUAAAAGCCCGGCGAUCUGAAUGUAAUUCUAAAGCUACCCACGCAAGAAAUGAUUAUCUUCUUACAUUAGCAGCAGCAAAUGCACACCAGGAUCGCUACUAUCAAACAGAUUUAGUUAACAUUAUGAAGGCUCUUGAUGGAAACGUAUAUGAUCACCUGAAGGAUUAUUUAAUAGCCUUCAGCCGGACUGAGCUAGAGACAUGCCAAGCUGUGCAGAACACAUUCCAGUUUUUAUUAGAAACCUCCAGCAAGGUGGUACGGGACUAUAAUCUUCAGCUGUUUUUACAAGAGAAUGCUGUAUUCCACAAGCCCCAGCCCUUCCAGUUCCAGCCCUGUGACAGUGAUACUAGCCGACAAUUAGAAUCAGAAACUGGGACCACAGAGGAGCACAGUCUAAACAAGGAGGCUCGAAAAUGGGCCACCCGUGUGGCACGUGAGCACAAAAACAUUGUUCACCAACAAAGGGUUCUAGAUGAUCUGGAAUGUCAUGGAGUUGCAGUGUCAGAACAAAGCCGGGCAGAGUUGGAACAGAAAAUAGAUGAAGCUAGAGAAAAUAUUCGUAAAGCAGAGAUAAUUAAGUUGAAAGCUGAAGCCCGGCUGGACCUGCUAAAGCAGAUCGGUGUUUCUGUGGACACGUGGCUGAAGAGUGCAAUGAAUCAAGUAAUGGAAGAACUGGAAAAUGAACGAUGGGCUCGCCUUCCUGCAGUGACCAAUAAUGGCACUUUACACUCGCUUAAUGCAGAUCCUGAAAGAGAAGAAGGAGAAGAGUUUGAAGACAACAUGGAUGUUUUUGAUGACAGCAGUUCCAGCCCAUCUGGCACCUUAAGAAAUUAUCCACUUACCUGCAAAGUUGUUUAUUCCUACAAGGCUUCUCAACCAGAUGAGUUGACCAUUGAGGAACAUGAGGUGUUAGAAGUGAUUGAAGAUGGAGAUAUGGAAGACUGGGUAAAGGCUCGAAAUAAAGUUGGCCAAGUGGGUUAUGUGCCAGAAAAGUACCUACAGUUUCCCACCUCGAACAGUCUACUGAGCAUGCUGCAGUCCUUGGCUGCUUUGGACAGUCGGUCCCACACAUCCAGCAAUUCCACGGAGGCCGAGCUCGUUUCAGGCAGCCUCAACGGAGAUGCCAGUGUCUGUUUCGUGAAAGCACUUUAUGACUAUGAGGGCCAGACAGAUGAUGAAUUAUCCUUUCCUGAGGGAGCAAUCAUCCGAAUCUUGAACAAAGAAAACCAGGAUGACGAUGGCUUCUGGGAAGGGGAAUUCAGUGGGCGGAUUGGAGUUUUCCCAUCGGUGCUAGUGGAAGAACUUUCAGCCUCAGAGAACGGUGAUACUCCACGGGUGAGAGAGAUUCAGAUCUCUCCUUCUCCCAAGCCGCCGGGCUCCCUGCCUCCACUGCCGUUGUAUGACCAGCCUCCCAGCAGCCCUUACCCCAGCCCAGAGAAGAGGAGCUCCCAGUACUUGCCACGCUCUCCUUCAGCAAAUGAAAACAGCUUCCUUGCCGAGUCACCGGGAUUCUCACGGGCACCACGGCAUACUCCUGAGACCUCAUAUGGCAAACUGCGACCCGUCCGGGCAGCUCCCCCUCCACCUACACAGAACCACCGAAGGCCAGCAGAGAAGAUUGAGGAUGUAGAAAUCACACUGGUGUGAUGAUGGGUUUACCCAUCCAUUACUGCUACAAUCAAGGCCAGGCUUGGCGUUUGGCCAUUCUUGUUCUUUAGGCACCUUUGCAUGAUGAUGACUCUUGAACAGAGUGAAAACAAGGAGGAUUAUGUGACUGGGUGGCCUGGUGGACUCCUCCCACGUUUUGAAUAUUUUGUGCCUUUUUUUGUUGUCAUUUUCUAGGUCAUCUCUCCUACCAUAGCACAAAUCCUAGUGGGCCCUAGAAGCAGAGGGGGACAGCCCUCAUGCCUAUCAGUGGCCCAUUUUUAUAUGAGACUCAAGACCAGGCCUCAUUCAGGACACAGUCACAGAGAAACUGAUCAUGUGCACUCGUACAGUAUAUUACUGUGGCCACAAGGAUGUGGCAAAGAUCCUCAUCUUUCUUCAAGUGGCUUUUGCUCGUCUGAUUGAGUUUAAUCAGAUCAUGUCGGCUGCAUAAGGAACUAGAAGGAGGGAUUUCAGGAGGGGCUGGCUCCUCCCCACAGUUAGUCCCCAGACUGAGAAAGUGAAACCUUACUAGGAAAAAGUGGACCGCCCUGAGUUUAUGCCAGUUGCAUUAAUGCACAUCUCUUCCACAGCUAACAGAUUAAAAACAGUAACAGUGUCCUUUGUAUUAAUAUUUACGCCAUUCAUUUAGUGUUAGUGGAGCUAAUAUGGAGGGGCUGAACCAAUAGCCAAAUCUUGUCCAUCACGUAGACUAAUAGAAAGGAGGCUGAGGCUGAAGCAGAAAUGGAGCUUCCAGAUCUGAAAUGAGCCAAUUUAAUGUUCUUUUUGUAUUUGGGUAUUUUUCAUCUUAAUUUUUGCAGCAUAUAUUCUUCUGAUCAACAUCUUUAGAAUCUGAAUGUCUAGAUAAAUUGGGGACACACACUUGCCUUGUUGAGCUUCUCUCCUGGGGAGGCCCCUCGUGUUGUUUUAUUCCCAAGCCGGUGCACGAGCCCAGCCAGCCAGCCUGUGGCUGCCUGAGACGGGUGGCCACCCCCCACAGGGUCCCCCUGGCCUGACAUUGCCUUGGGAGGAAGAACCUGUGGCUCAUGGAGGAAACCAGCUUCCUGUGAAAAAGGACUAAAGGACUGCACACCGUGCACAAGUGCAAACGGACAAGGAAAAAACAAGUUCUCCAUGUCACAAGGAGAGCCAAGAGUAGUGUUCUCCACAGG